AUGCGUCCGGGGCAAGGCGGCAAGGGGGCGGUGCCCCCGGCGGGCGAAGGCGGCGGCGGCAUCGACAUGCUUCCGGACGGCGUCCUCGGGCACAUCCUCGGCUUCCUGCUGGCGCCGGAGGCCGUGCGGACGUGCGUGCUCGCCCGGCGCUGGCGCCACCUCUGGAAGUCCGCCACCCGCCUGCGCAUCGGUUGCUGCUGGGACGACAUCGCGACGCCGGUGGAGGAGCACCGCGAGUUCGUGGACAACCUGCUCCUCUCCCGCGGGGGCUUGCCCCUCGAUACGUGCGAGUUCAAUUUUGGUCCGGUCCAGCGCAACGACGCGCCCCGGGUGAAUUCCUGGCUCCGGUAUGCUAUAACGUGCAAAGCGCGGGUGAUCAUCCUUGAUGUCCAACCUGAGGACACUGAACCUCCAAUUCCAUCUGCAUUGCUUCGGCUUGAUGAUCAGCUUCUCGUCUCCCGGCACCUGACGAGGCUAGAGCUCGUCUUUCUAGAUCUCUGCAACAGUAGUUUCAUCGACUUCUCCAACUGCUCGUCUUUGGAGCAUCUGGUGUUGGAAUACUGUGAAAUCACAUCGGCCAAGAAGAUCUCGUCAACUCCUUGA